ACCUCCACACCUCCUCACCACAACACCUCAACACCUCCUCACCUCCACAUCUCCUCUACUCCUCACCUCCUCACCUCCAUACCUCCUCACCUCCACACCUCCUCACCUCCUCACCUUUUCACCGCCACACCUCCUCCUUCCUCCGCUCCAGGAGCCCACCCCAGUAGCUGAAGCUCAGCCUCCUAUCCCCCCGCUACAGGACGACCACGCUACAGAUGAAGAGAAGCUGGCCUCUUCCUCCAAUCAAAAAGAGAAGCUGGUCUCCUCAGCCAACCAUAAGUGGGCAUCCAGGGAGGCAGAGAUAACCUCUGACCCCCAUGAAGACUUCCCUCAACCCUCUGACCUCACAGCCUUUGUCAACAGUCGAGUGUCCGACUAUGAGAUUGAGUACAUGGAAAAGAUUGUCCCUUCUUCAUCGCCUCUGUCUGUGAAGAAACCUUCUGCUCUCUACUUGAAGCUGGACUCUGUGACAGACAGCCUGACCAAGCCUAAUCACAGAUCAGAACCGAACUCUCCCUGCACAGGGAGUUUUGAGGAGAUAGAGGCCCAGAUCACAGCCCAGAUGAAGACCCCGGUGCUGGGCUCUCGGCCCGGUCCGGAGGGGUCUCGGCCCGGUCCGGAGUGGUCCGCUGGAGAGAAGGAGAAGACCAGGAAGAGAGAGAGCCAGUCACUCAGCCGGACACAGAGCACAGACAGGGAUCAUGGACUGCUCCCCACGCAGGGCCCUAUGGAGGUCCCAGCCCCAGACGCACCCCACUUAACCAGGCUGUCUGAGUGCCCUGACCCCCUGGUGCACCUGGAGGCUGUGGAGCCUGACCUGGCAGAGACCAACCCCACUGCCUUCGCCCUCAAACUACAGGAGGAACUGGUUCUAGCUGCUCUGAGGAUAGAGGCUCUGCAGGUAGCCAAACACAUCUCAGACAGCCCCUCCCUCUCCACUGUCACCCCCCAGUCCCUCCUCAAGAAGCCCAGCCCUCGCAGGUGGAAUCUCUUCAGUUCACCCAAA